CCGGUGCGCAUGCGCGCUGCCUGCUCUCUUGCGGGGUCGGCUGGGGACCAGGGACAUCUGCGGCGAAACCAAGAGGAGACCGCUGCCGGGGACAUGUGGCGGCCGAUGCGACUGUGCCACUUCCACUCCGCUCUGCUGCAGAGCAGGCAGAAGCCCUGGCCGUGCCCUGCCAUAUUCUUCAGGAGGAACUUCAAGAGCCCACUGCCCAGGACUUCAAGAACCAGGCUGCUGUGGAGGAGGACACUCUCUGCCACUGUGGUGGGGGUGCCUUUGCUCCUCGGAGCCCGCUAUUCCAUGGCAGAGGCGCAGGAGAAGAGGAAACUGCGACUCGCGGUAGAUGGCAUUGGGCGCUUUGGCAGGUCUCUGAAGGUUGGUCUCCUCAUUUCCCUGGACUACUGGUGGUGCGCAAAUGUUGUCCUCCAAGGAGUGGCGGAGAACAGCCCGGAGUACGUGGAGGUGAUGUCUGCGUGUCACCAGCGUGCGGCUGACGCCCUGGUGGCAGGAGCCAUCCACAAUGGAGGCCUCUACGUGAAACUGGGUCAAGGGCUGUGCUCCUUCAACCACCUGCUGCCACCCGAGUACAUCCAGACAUUACGUGUGUUGGAGGACAAAGCUCUUACUCGGGGCUUCCGGGAGGUGGAUGAGUUGUUCCUUGAAGACUUCCAGGCACUGCCUAGUGAGCUCUUCCAGGAGUUCGACUAUCAGCCGAUGGCUGCUGCAAGCCUGGCUCAGGUGCACCGUGCCAAGCUUCAUGAUGGCACCUCUGUGGCUGUCAAGGUACAAUACAUCGACCUACGAGACCGCUUUGAUGGGGAUGUGCACACACUGGAACUCCUGCUGCAGCUCAUAGGGCUCAUGCACCCCAGCUUCAGCUUCAGCUGGGUCCUACAGGAUCUGAAGGGGACCCUGGCCCAGGAGCUGGACUUCGAGAAUGAGGGCCGAAAUGCUGAGCGCUGUGCUCAGGAACUAAAGCACUUCCAUUAUAUUGUUGUCCCUCGGGUGCACUGGGACAAGUCCAGCAAGCGGGUGCUGACAGCUGACUUCUGUGAGGGCUGCAAAGUGAAUGACGUGGAGGCCAUCAAGGAGCAGGGGCUGGCGGUACAGGACGUAGCAAAGAAGCUGAUCCAGGCUUUUGCUGAACAGAUAUUCUACACUGGCUUCAUUCACUCUGACCCCCACCCUGGCAAUGUUCUGGUGCGGAAAGGUCCAGAUGGAAAAGCAGAGCUGGUGCUCCUGGACCACGGGCUCUACCAGUUCCUGGAUGAGAAGGAGCGAUCCUCCCUGUGCCAGCUGUGGCGGGCCAUCAUCCUGAGGGACGAUGCCGCAAUGAAGACACACGCAGCUGCACUUGGGGUACAAGGUAAGGGUGAGUAUUUGUGGAAUAGGCAGAAGCUUGCCACUGUGUACCAAAAGGACCUCCUGCCUUCUCCAGACUACAUGCUGUUCGCUGAGGUGCUCAUGCAGCGACCUGUGCGCCUGGGCCAGCUGUGGGGGUCCCACCUGAUGAGCCGCGAGGAGGCGGCCUACAUGCAGGACAUGGCUCGUGAACACUUUGAAAGCAUAAUGGAAGUGCUCAAGGCACUGCCCCGGCCCAUGCUACUCGUGCUGCGGAACAUCAACACAGUGCGUGCUAUCAACUCAACCCUGGGCACCCCCGUUGACCGCUACUUCCUCAUGGCCAAGAGUGCUGUCUGGGGUUGGAGCCGCCUGGUGGGUGAGGCAUACCACGGCAUUUACAGCUGUAGCCUCUUGCGCCACGUCAAGGUCAUCUGGGAGGCAUUCAAGUUUGAGGUGGCUCUGAGGCUGGAGACCCUUGCCAUGCGGCUCACCGCCAUCCUGUUGCGUGUUCUGGCCCAUCUGGGCUUUGCCCCCAAGGCAGAGGAGGUCUCCCAGUACUUGGAGAUGUAGGUCCCUGCCAGGAUGACAAGGUUGCCAGGGGCCAGCAGAGCUUCCAGCCGGGGCACACCGAGCAGGCCCAGUGCAGAUCUCUCACAAUCCGGGGCCUGGAAUGGGGAACACACUAUGGGGCUCUUAAACACAAUG